AGUCAAUUUUCGUGUCAGUGUCAGUAGUGAGGCAAUGCUUGAGGCGGAUGCGAGCAGCCAACAAAUAAUCAUUACAAACACAUACACAGGGCAUAAAUCAUACGCAAGAGCUAAACAAAGUUGAGUUGUAGUUAUAGUUGUAGUUGUUUUGAAACAAAAGCACUUUGAAGCAAAUCAACGUCCAACGUCUGAAAGUGUGGCACAAAUCCCGAAACGAUACGCUCAGCAUCACAUUUCAUUCACUGUCAGAGUGGUGGGAGGGACGGCAGUGGCUUUGGCAACGGAAAUGUUGUCAAAACAAAAGGUAAAUGCCAAAUUAUUGUUGAGCACAAGAGGGGGCCCAAGAAGGAGCAGCAGCAACAAUCAACUAAACGCCAUGCUAUUGCUGAUUAGCAUGCUGAUGGCUUUGCAGAUGUCAAGUGUAUCCGGCUUGCUCUGCUACACUUGCACGUAUUUGGAAAAAUAUUCGGACAAUUCAUGCGUUGUGGACGCUAACUCAACGAGGGUCACAGACUGCACGAAAAAGUAUUGCACCAUAAUGCGUCAAGAAUCUGUGCAUCCCUCUGGUAAAGUUAUUUCCUUUAUACGGGACUGUUUGGACAAGCCAUUGUACUUGAAUGCCGUUAAAACCGAUUCAACCUUCAAAACAUUCUAUCGCAGUUGCACUACAGAUCUCUGCAACGACUCAGAUGGCACAACAUCGGCAACAAAUUACGAUCCGAACUUUGGUGCUUCAGAAAAUAAGAUCAUUAAAGGAAAGCGACACUAGUGCGGGAGUUAUUUGCAAACUUAAGCUUACAGUUUUGCGAGUCCAUUUUUAAUUUCUAAUUUCAAAACUCACUUCGGAAAUUUCUAUACAAAAAUAUCCCAAUAUUCUCAAGACAUAAACUAUAUAUUCAUGUUUACUGUUAAGUAAAAGUUUAUUCA